AUGUCCCCCCGAGCCUUGUGCAGGCUUUUCGCCCUCUCCUGCCUCCUGGCUGAAGCCCCGGCCCAGGACUUCGCCCAGACCCGGUUCAUCUGCACCUCCAUCCCCCUGGACAUGGACCCCAUGUGCUCUGCCCCGAUGCAGAACAGCGGUCCGGUGGACAACAUCAAGGGGACCAUACUCCAACUCCGGGAGACCAUACUGCAACAGAAGGAAACCAUCAUGAACCAGAAGGAGACCAUCAGGGAGCUCACCGCCAAACUUAGCAGAUGCGAGAGUCAGAGUAUGUCAGAGCCCUCGGUGAGUGAACACAAACCCGAACAGGGUCUCCACAGCGAGCAGUCAGGGAACAGUAGAAAUACCCUGGGAGAUCUCUCUCUAGCUCAAGCGGAUACAUUAAAUCAAUUUGGACAAACUUUACAAUCACUCAAAACACGCCUGGAGAAUUUAGAGCAAUACAACAGAGGCAAUGUCUCCGUGCAGACAAACAGCUUGAAAGAUCUUCUGCAGAACAAGAUUGACGAUCUGGAAAAGCAGGUUCUGUCCAGAGUCAACAGUUUGGAGGAGACCAAAACCGCGGUGAGGAACGACUCGACGGAGAAUAGGGGCAAGAUCGAGAAUGCUCUGAACUCCCUCCACCAAAGGAUCAGCGAUUUGGAAAAAGGACAAAGGAAUUCCAGACCUACAGAUAAAUUCCAGAUAACCUUUCCCUUAAGAACCAACUACAUGUACGCUAAGGUGAAGAACAGCCUGCCUGAGAUGUAUGCCAUGACUGUCUGUAUGUGGCUUAAGUCCAACGCCUCCCCCGGGGUGGGGACCCCCUUCUCCUAUGCUGUCCCGGGCCAGGCUAACGAGCUGGUUCUCAUUGAGUGGGGGAAUAACCCGAUGGAGAUUCUUAUCAACGACAAGGUGGCCAAACUCCCUUUCGUCAUUAAUGAUGGGAAAUGGCAUCACAUUGCUGUUACUUGGUCUACAAGAGAUGGCGUCUGGGAGGCCUAUCAGGACGGGCUGAAGAGGGGUGAUGGUGAAAAUCUAGCACCGUGGCAUCCCAUUAAACCUGGUGGAAUCAUGGUUUUGGGCCAAGAACAGGAUACAUUAGGAGGUGGGUUUGAUGCCACACAGGCCUUUGUGGGUGAGAUGUCCCACUUUCACAUGUGGGAUAGAGUCCUAACUCCAGGAGAAAUCUACAGCCUGGCAAAUUGCAGCGCCAAGACCCUGGUGGGCAAUGUCAUUGCAUGGACUGAAGCCAACGUCGACAUCUAUGGUGGCGCCACCAAGUGGACAUUUGAAGCGUGCCGCCAGGUCAAUUAA